AUGGCCCCAAGCGCAAGAAAAUGGCCCUCAAGAGAAAAUAUCAACCCCUAUUUCUAUAACAACCAGCCAGUGCUAACAAACAACCGCAGGCUUCUCCCCGUUGCUGCUCUGGCCCACUACACAGCCCAAGGCUGUGAUAUUGCUAAAGCGCGCCCAAAUCUCGGCAAGGCCUUCAAAGCCCUAUCAGCCCUGGGCCUCAUCAACCGGCUAGGAAACUGGCUCGAUCAUCGCACGCUGAAUAACAGCGUCAGCGACCCAUACAACUGGCACCGCGAAGUCGUAAUCCUAACAGGCGGCAGCACUGGUAUUGGCCGACGCAUCGCCGAGCUGCUCGGGGCACGCGAUAUCAAAGUCGCCAUCCUAGAUAUUACGCCGCCAGCAACCGAUGACGUGCUAUCAAACAGCACGUAG